AUGUCUCCAAAAAAAACUAGACAUAGUUUAUGGUACGCCUUUGAAGACAACAGGGGUGUUUCCCAGCGAAUACGUGUUGAAGUUCUUCCCGAUGACGAACCCAGUAUUUGUGACAUUCAAAACGAAAUCGUGAGAAGAGAAAAGUUGUCGUGUGCUGCGAGCACAAUUAUUCUUGAAGUAAAAGCUCCUGAAGGCGAUCAAUAUAAAUUGUUAAACGAUGCUUUAUUCCAUGAACAUGAAGAAAAUUUUGUCAACUUAAAAGACUCCUUUGCGAUAUCAAAAAAAGUCCGAUCAUUAGGGAUUCGACAUUUCCAAGUCGGAACUGAGGUAUACCCAGACCGAAACUUUUACAUCGAGCCAGAUAAUGUUAAAAAACUCGCUGAUGCCCUCCUAAAUGGUGACUUCUACCUACUUUAUGGACAUAGACAAAGUGGUAAAUCAACAAUUGCUCAUGCUACAGCACGUUACCUCCAGAAUAUGUACAAUAUUGAUAUCAAAGGAUAUGGACGCGUCCACCCUGAAGUUUACUUGAUCUCCUUAAGCUCUGGUGUCAUAUUCAACAAAAGUGUUAAUUCAUUUUGGUCUUCCAUAUGCUUAAAAUUGCAAUCCAAGAAUCCUGCUAGGUUCAUCUUUGAUGAUAAGGAAGCACAGGCUACCACAUUUGAGAAUUUUUUCCAGAGAAAUCAAUCAUCAUCACCAGUCAUUCUUUUGAUUGAUGAAGCAUCCAUUCUUGUAAAUAAAGACCCCACUAUCAUCAAUAGUUUUAUUGGAAUGCUGCGACUUCUCAAAGGAGAUGAAACAUGUUGCUUGCAUGGACUUGCACUCAUUGGGGUUGAAAGUGUCAAACAACUUCUUAGGCCUUGUGAAGGCCACUUUGAAAUAUCACCAUUUACACAAAAGGGUGAAAUAACACCAAGACCAUUUAAUGAAUUAGAAAUCAAGGAGCUUCUGCUCCAAUAUGUAAAGGAAGCAAACAUUGAUCUAGACACCAUAUCUUUUGCUGCAGAUAUAUAUGAGAGAACUAUUGGUCAUAAAGGACUAGUGGGUGUUUGUUGCAUGAUGCUUGAAGAAAUGGCUGAAUCUGGUGACUCUGUUUCCAUUGAUAAGUGGCGACAAUAUGCAUCUAUGGAUCUUGUUCAAAAAGUCAGGCAACUUGCAACCUACACCUCAAUUGUGCAUGCACUUCCAUACCUUUCAAAGAUGCAAAUGAAUAUGCUUGUACUUGUCUUACGUUAUGGUUCAACAAUUGUGCCAUGGGGUGAUGCCUUGAGUGAGCUUCUCUCAGAAGGCAUGGUCAGGGUUGUCAGGAACUUUUCAUUGCAAUCAGUUGAAAUAGAAUGUACAGCUCCAAUAUUGCGAACAAUAAUGCUUUAUAAUGCUUGUGGAACAAAGAUACAGGGUGUUCAACCACCACAAUUGAAUUGCAUCAACCCUCGUUGGCUUCUUGCACGAACUUAUAUGGCCUGGGAAAAUAUAUUUGCUCCACAAACAAUGAACAGCAACAAUAAGCCAUCAGAGUAUGCUGUCCAAGCAGAGUUUGUAAGCAUUCUCAAGGAGUUACUUAAUGCAGCCCAUGCAAGUCUCCUCUAUCGUGUCUUGGCAGAAGCAAAGGAGCAUGAUGAAGAUGGUCAACGUCAUAGACGACUCAAUAUCCUCCUCCAUGAUCACAAUUUGCCUCCUUUUGGGUUUGAGCUUGUGAUAUCUGCUACUCAAGAUAAGUUUGACAAACAUCUUGGACAUGCAGCAUAUUAUAGCCAGCUACACAAAUGCUCAAUGUAUAUGGUUAACUUCUGCAAUGACAAGAAGCUCAUUACAUACUUUGGGGCACCUUUUGAUGGCAUAACAUCAGUCCAUGUCAUAUACAGUGAGAUGGGCGAAUAUGCAACCAUUGUGUACCAAGACCAACAAGAAACAGUCACUAUCAAGGGUUGGAAGUGGUCAAUGUUGUUUGACACAAAUUAUUAG